AGGAAGAGGAGGAGACCCGGGCGGCCCCGAGGCUGAGGCGGCCGCGUCCAGCGGAGGCUCCGCUCCCGUCCCGUCCCGUCCUACCCCCACCCCCGCUGCCUCCGCUUCGGACGGGCCGGAGCGGCUCUCCCGAGGCCGCGAUGCGCUCGGCCUGAGCGCGCCCUCGCCGCCCCGCUCGGUUCGGGCCUCUGCGAGGCCGGGGACCGCGAUGGCUGCGGGAAGCUGGCAGGAGGCGGCGGCCCGGUGGGCUGAGGAUGCGGCGGCCCGGGUGCGGGACGCCUUGUCGGGCGGGCUGGGGCUGCUGCGUGCCGAGCUGGGCCUCGAACUGGGCCUGGACCCGCAGGCGCUGCCCAGCUGGCUGGCCCUGGCGGUCCCGGCCGCGCUGGGGCUCGUGCUGCUGGGGCUGCUGCUGGCCGCGGCCUGCGGGGGCGGCCUCCGCAAGAAGCCGGCGCGGAGCGCGGCCGUGAGGAAGGGUGACGAGGCGGUCGGCGCGGGCCUGGCGGCCGGCGGGGGCCAGGGCAAGUCGGCCGGCCCGGGCCCCGGGCAGCUGAACCUCAAAGGCGAUGAGCAGAAGAAGCGAAACAGGAAGAAGCUGCCGGAGAAGGCGGCGCGGCCUAAUGGACGCUCUUUCCUUGAGGUAUCUGAAGAUGAAGUAAUACAAACUGUCCAUAAAGACAAUAUAAAGCAGCCUGUGGACACAGAAAAGAAGAAUGAAAAGUCAAAGAAAAAAAAGAAAUCAAAGGGAGAUUCCAAAACAGUUCAGGAUACCUCUCGACUGGAUGGAAAGGAAGUUGAUGAAGGAGCUUGGGAAACAAAAAUCAGUAACAGAGAGAAGCGUCAGCAGCGUAAACGUGACAAGGUGCUGAACGAUGGUGGCUCAGGAGAAUCAAAUCUCCAGGGCGUAGAAAACACGGUUACUGUAUCCAUUGAACAGCUGAUGCCUACACCAUCACUUCCAGUUGGUCUCAGAAAAAAUAAAGGUGAUGCACUUUUGAAUGCACAGAUUAACAGUUCUAAACCUGCCAAGGGGGAGUCAUCAAUUCCACAAGUUUCUCCGGGAUUGAGUGAAAGCCAUACAGUAAAUGGAGGAAGCUGGAAUGAGAAGUCUGUAAAAAUCUCCUCACAGAUUGGUGUAGGGGAGGAGAAAUGGACAUCUGUUCCUUCAACUGCAGCUGGGAAGAGGAAGACUGAGACAUUGGCUUGGGGCCAGGACACUGGAGAUGCUAAUGGAAAUGGAAAGGACUGGGGUGUAAGCCUGGUAGGCAGGCCCUGGAAAGAGCGUUCUUUGUUCACUCCUAUUGCUGCUUGGAAUGUGGAUGCAAGGAUUAAUACCUCUGAACAGAAUUCUACUUCUUUCUCCUCAUUUGGAUUAACUCCUGGAGUUUCUGGUUCCAACAGUGAAUCAGUUUCUCAGGCUGGUACUUCUGAUUUUCAGUGGGAUUUAAGUCAUGCUCAACCCCCUGUUGAUGAUGAAUGGUCUGGGUUAAAUGGACUUUCUUCAGCUGAUCCAAGCUCUGAUUGGAAUGCACCAGCAGAAGAGUGGGGAAACUGGGUAGAUGAAGAAAAGGUUACUUCUGUUCCUCAGCGUGAAGAGAGAUCUGAUACUCAGAAGAUUUCAGAUAAUGAAAGAGAAAAAGCAGAGCCAAUUCUUCAGAGUUCUACAAGUGGCAAAUCCAAGAAAAAGAAGAAGAAAAAGAAGAAGCAGGGUGAAGAAGCUAACUCUCCUGCACAGGAUGCUGAAGAACUGGAUAGAGAAGCUGGAGAGCAAUUUCAGGCGGAUACCUCAAAAGUUCAAGCACAGCAGGAAAGAGCUUUUUCUUUGAAGACCAUAAGUACUAGUGAACCAGCUAAGUCUGAGGAGGCUCCUUCGCUUGCUGUUUCUACUGAGCCAUCUGUAAUUGUAUCAGAGAGCAAUUCUGACAAGAUCGCUUCCCAAGUGCCACAGAUGCUGCAAGAGACAGAUGUUUCUAGUCCCAAUAUUAAACAAAACAGUGUGCCUCCUCCACAGACAAAGUCUGAAGAAAGCUGGGAAUCUCCCAAACAAGUUAAAAAGAAGAAAAAAGCAAGAAGGGAAACGUGAACUUACUAAGAUGGACAUGUGUUGCUGAAUAUUGUCAUGAAGAUUAUGCUGUUUAUGCAAUAAUUUGUGAACAUGUACAGAAUUUUAUAUAAAUUUCAAACAAUUUUUAAAAACAGAACUGCUGUGAACACAAACAUCUUUAAAAAGGAAUCAAAUGAAAGUAACUUUAUGAUAUAACAAACAGAACAUGCUACAUUUGAAAGACAUUCUGAAGAGUCUGUUUUUCCAACUUUUGGAGAGAGAUCUUAAUUUAAAAAAACUGGUUUUACAACACAGUGCCCUGUUUACAACAGAUUAUACUCUCAUCUACAGCUACGGAUAAAAGAUUAAUUUCAAGGAAGGGUUUUCUGUAAAAAUAAUUGUCUGUACAAUAAUGGGUGUUUCUUGCCUCUCUUAUGAGUGAUGCAUUAGAAGCACAGAAUGUCAACCAUUUGAAUUUGUUUCAUGCCUAAAUCAAAGUGCUUUGAUUCAAUACAUAAUCUGCCAUAUCUUUACAGUAAGUUGGUUAGCAAGUCUGCUAGCUAUUGCAGGAAUCUCAAGUGCAAAUCAUUAACCAUUUGUACAGUCAGACCUUCAUGGUUUAUUAUAUGAAGUUAACACAAUAAAACUGCUUUGGGUUAAAAGUUUGAGAAUGUGAUUUGAAACUUGA